AUGUUCCGUCUCUGCGAGUUGGUUAUAUCGGUCGUGGAGACCAGCUCUUUGCGUGAUGAGAUCAGAGUGAGAGGUGUUAGCGACCGUUGGGAGGAGUUCGUGGCUCUGGUUGGCCAAGACGAUUUGCCUGUACCUGUUGGAGGACGUCGUUGGAGAGACCGAGUUACUAAGGAUAACGCUCCGAUCGGCACCGCUAUUGUGACUGAAGAGGUUUGGCCCGGACUCAGUGUUGGUCUCCAGCCUGAGUACUAUCCACCUUGGCUCUUCGCUCUUUCCCAACGAGAGGUUAUGAGGAGCUUCCUUGCUCGUGGUACGCUAUGGGUGUUGGAGGAAGUUCGAGCUCCUCGAUGGUGUGUUCAUUGGCAGCCCGAAGAGGAGACUGUCGUGGUGAACUCCGUUACAGCUGGUGCUCAUUACACGAGCCCAAUCGUCGAUGUGCCGCCUGCUAGUCACGACAUCGACGAUUGGGCUCGGCUAGGUCCAGUAUCUGUAAACCCCUUUGUGAUUUUAUUGGCCUGUGCCACAGGCCACAGGUUCUGUGGUACAGUCUAUGUUCACGACGAGACCAACUACUGUCACUGCUGUCAGACGCCUGUGAAACUACGUGCCUAUGGUCCGGCUGAGAAUCGUCUGCAGCCAGCGCUCAAGCAUGUUGGCAAGGUCGGUCACAAGGAGUGUCAGUUCAAUGAGGCUGUUCAUGAGAAGGGUUUCGCCUGGCGUAUCUAUCCUUAUUUUUGGAUCUCUCAUUCUGUGUUUAAGACUGGAUCCACUGCCUGUAUGUUGAUGGAUCAUCUCCGUUCUCCCCGUCUACAUCCUGCUCUACAACCUUUGGCUCAUGCCAUGCAGUCGGAGCUCAGCGUCGACGUUCACUCGGGGGCAGUUUGA